CACACACACACACACACACACACACACACACACACACACCAGUCAUCGGAUCUGCCAAUCACCCCGGCGGCUCCCUUUGAUGUCGGGGGUCCUCGUCUUGUCCUGCUCACUCUUGCAGGAGAACAUCAGUCCUCCAGGCGGCUGCGGGACGCCACGGAACAACUUUCCCUCUUAUUCUUCCGGACUCUUUAAGAGGACAACGCCGCAGAUUUGACGUCUCUUUUCCGACUUUUUCUUGGUUUUUACUUUAUUGGACGCACUUCGAAAAGUGUCCCCGGACGUCGACAUGCCUCAGCAUGGGGGGGACGACCUGGGAGCCACCGACGAGAUGAUCGCCUUCAAAGACGAAGGUGAGCAGGAGGAGAAGGUCCACCAGGAGUGCGCCUUCACCGAACAGGACCUGGCAGACCUUAAGUCGUCGCUAGUCAACGAGUCCGAGAUCCACCAGCACAGCCCGGGCGGCGGCCCCGGUGGCGGCAACGGCGCCUCCUCGGCGGUGAGACGGGGGCAGCCGGCCGAACAGCAGAGGGGCUUCCCGGACAAACACAGGGAGCAGCUCGACGCCGCGUCCAAGCAGCAAGAUGGCGGUGUGUACAAGACGUCCGGGUACCCCGGGUACCCCUUCCUUAUGCUGCCCGACCCCUACCUACCUAAUGGCUCCGUGUCGCCAACGUCCAACAAGGUGUCUGUGGUGCAGCAGUCCCACGGCAUGCACCCGCUCACGUCGCUGCUGCCCUACGGCAACGAGCACUUCGGUAGCAGCCCACCGCACAUGCCGACCGACAUGAGUCAGAAGACGGGCGUUCACAGGCACCAAGCCCAGGACCUUUCAGGAUACUACCCUCUCCCUUCAGGCGGUGUCGGACAGAUCACGCCCUCCAUGGGCUGGCAGAAGCAGACGGCGUACCCCGCCGCUCUGUCAACGUGCGGCUUCCGACAGUCCUUCCCUUCCAACCUUCCUACCGCCUCGUCCUACUCCAGGUACUGCAGCAGGUUCUCUCACUCGUUGAUGCUGGGCCCAUCAGGCAUGCACCCCACAGGAAUCCCGCACCCCGCCAUCGUGCCCCCUUCAGGCAAGCAGGAGCACGACCAUUACGACAGAGGCAUGUACGCGAAGCCGCACGUGGAGGCUAAGCGGGAGAAGGAACCCAAGAAGCCCGUCAUCAAGAAGCCGCUCAACGCCUUCAUGCUCUACAUGAAGGAGAUGAGGGCCAAAGUCAUUGCGGAGUGCACGCUCAAGGAGAGCGCCGCCAUCAACCAGAUACUCGGACGAAGGUGGCACGCGCUGACACGUGAGGAGCAGGCCAAGUACUACGAGCUGGCACGCAAGGAGAGACAACUUCACAUGCAGCUCUACCCCACCUGGUCUGCACGCGACAAUUACGAGGCGGCAGGUGAAAAGAGUAAAGCCGAUUGGGGAAAGAAAAAGAGGAGAAAAAGGGAGAAGCAGCAAGAUUCCAACACAGAGCCCGGGUCCCCUAAGAAAUGUCGAGCUCGCUUUGGCCUCAAGCAGCAGACAAAUUGGUGCGGUCCCUGCAGGAGGAAGAAAAAGUGCGUUCGCUACAUUCAAGGAGGAGGCUACGCAAGCCCAACUUGUUCACAUUUAAGUGCCGUAGACUCCACGCCGCCGCCCUCUCCCGCCACUCUCACCCGCGGACUCCCCUUGCAACAACAACUACAUCAGCGCCCCUCUCGCCCCCCUUCUGCCACGGCCCUGGGCAAACGGAAGUUGCCGGCCACGUGACUCGCGUCGCUUGCUUUUCUGGGUGACUGGUAAAAAAAAAAAAAAAAAAAUCCGUACGGUAGGGAGUUGUCCUGUAGAAAAAAAACAAUACAUAAAAGGCCACACAAACACAAAUCGCAAGCCUAGUAACACAAUGGCCAAAGUUGUUUUUCAGUCUUUUCAGAAAACGAGAAAAAACAUUCAGAAAAAUAUUAAACAAAUGAGUUCUGUUGCCUUUUGUCAACUUUUGCGGAUUAAAAGACCUCAAUGACUGACAAUCUAAAAAUAAUUGCAAGCACAUUUGCAAGCCUUUUGUUCUCAUUGACAAUGAGUUGAAAAUAACUCAGGCUAAUUAUGCGAUUAGGCCAAUGAAAUAUUCUUUCAAAACAUUUUUUCUACACUGCUAUUUUUGGCACACAGACAAAACAGAUUUUAUUUUACGCAUAGAUGUAAAACUGUUUCGUUGUUCCCAGGUAAUAAUGAUCAUAUAAAAUAUAAUCAGCAAACUUUCUCUACCAUUUUUAUGUCUUGCUUCUGGUGAAAUUAAACAUUUUUUCACCAAAUAUCUAUUCAUAAAAUACACACCACUUCACAAAACGUUUUUUUUUUUUGUAUUUGAAAAUAUCUGUUGUAUAAUUAAUGAUAAAUUAACUAAAUGUAUUUAUUUUGUGUUUCAAAUGAAAGGCAAAUUUCACAUUUUUUGUAUGUGCUAGUAUUCCAGUAUGUUUAGCUUAUCCAUUUGGAUGAAAAGAUCAUGCCCCCUUUUCAGACUUUUAAAAUCAAUGUGUGGGAUUAUGGCGCCCCCUAGUGCUUUGGUAUGCAUUUUACAACGUUUUGUCGCAGAGGCGGAUUGGCUGGUAGCCACAUGAGGAACAAAUGCCACGUGUUUUUAAAAGAAAUAGUCUAUGUGGACUUUUGUAGCCAUUCAGCUAUUCUUCCUUCUGAUUGCAUGUGAUCAAAUCUUUCAACUAUUUUAGGCACUUCACUCACUUUCAUAUUUUAUGCCUCCUUUAUCAUUUCUAAGGUCAGAAUGUUUUCUGGUGGCCAAACCUGAGAGGGAUUAUUUUUUCAAAUGCCUUUUUUUUCCCCUUUUUGUUUUGACUGAACAUUUUGUAAACAACCUCUUAAGUCGACCAAAUGGGUAUUAUAUUACAUGGUUUUUUUUUUUUUUUAAGAAGUGUCGGAAAGUCCAUGUAGUUAAGUAAAAAAAAAAAAAAAAAAACCUUUUUUUAGUCAUGUCUGUACCAUAAGGCAAUAUUUUUAAGUGUUUUUUAUUUGUUGUUGGUGCAUUCACAUGGCAAGUUCUCACUUCCCCGAUAUUGCUUU